AUGCAAAACCAACCACAUCGGACUUCACAAGCAGUUAGUUGGUUCACACAACAGACUAAAACAGUAAAUGAUCUUCCAAAACCCAAGUGCCUUUGAAAUCUCUUUGUGGCAAUGCCUACUCUGUCUCGUAGAUUCAACACUCUUUCUGCUCCAAUUGAUCUUUUCCUCCACUGGAAACCUCAACGAGAGACUCAACUCUUAUGCCUAUUGUCUCCAUCGCAGCUUCAAAAACAACAAAAGCUUUUACAGUCCAAACUCAUCUUUGCUCUGGAUGGCUGCACCAGUGUCAAACGCAUCAAACAGGUCCACGCCCACCUCCUCUGUCAAGGCCUUGACCAAUGCUGCUUUGUCCUUUCUAAGCUUAUACGAACGCUCACGAAAUUUCAUGUUCCAAUGGAGACUUAUCCUCGACUAAUCUUCCAGCAGGUUAGAUGCCCAAAUCCAUUUUUAUGGAAUGCUAUGAUUCGCGGAUUCAUUCUUCAAGGGUUGCUGUCAGAGUCUGUUAGUUUGUAUAAUUGUAUGAGAAGAGAUGGUACUAGGCCUUUGUCAUUUACGUUCUCUGUGUUUUUCAAGGCUUGUAGUGCUGCUCUUGACGUAGAUUUAGGUAAACAGAUGCAUGCACAUACGAUUUUGGUUGGCGGGUAUGCUUCAGAUUUGUAUGUGGGCAAUAGUAUGAUUGAUAUGUAUGCUAAGUGUGGGUUUUUAGAAUGUGGGCGCAAGGUGUUUGAUGAAAUGCCUGAUAGAGAUGUGAUUUCUUGGACAGAAUUGAUUGUAGCGUAUGCGAAGAGUGGGGAUAUGGAAUCAGCGCGAGACUUGUUUGUUGAGUUGCCUGUUAAGGACAAAGUGGCCUGGACGGCAAUGGUUACCGGUUAUACCCAGAAUGCUCGACCAAGAGAGGCCUUGGAAGUUUUUGAACGAAUGCAAACUGAAGAAGUAGAGACAGAUGUAGUCACUCUUAUUGGCGUCAUUUCGGCUUGUGCACAAUUAGGUGCGUCGAAGUAUGCUAAAUGGGUUCGAGAUGUUGCAGAAAGAUCAGGAUUUGGACCCCAUGAAAACGUUGUUGUGGGAUCCGCACUUGUGGAUAUGUACUCCAAGUGUGGAAGCAUUGAUGAAGCAUUCAAGGUUUUUGAGCAAAUGAAGGAAAGAAACGUAUUUUCUUACAGUUCAAUGAUUCUCGGAUUUGCUAUACAUGGUCGCGGCCAUGCAGCGAUCCAGUUAUUCCAUGAUAUGUUGGAAUCUGAGAUAAAACCUAACCAUGUCACUUUUAUUGGGGUUCUAACAGCGUGCAGCCAUGUUGGUCUUGUAGAACAAGGCCGACAAUUAUUUGCAGCCAUGAAAAUACAUUACAGUGUUGAUCCUUCUGUGGAGCACUAUACUUGCAUGAUAGAUCUAUUUGGACGAGUUGGGCGCUUGGAAGAAGCUCUUGAAGUUAUUAAAACAAUGCCAAUGGAACCCAAUGCAUGUGUGUGGGGAGCAUUGCUUGGAGCAUGUCGCACACAUCGGAAUCCCGACAUUGCCAAGCUUGCUGCUAACAAUCUCUUUGAGCUCGAGCCUAAUACCAUUGGAAACUACGUCUUGCUCUGUAACAUUUACGCAUCGGCAGGAAUGUGGGAUGAAGUUUCGGAGGUGAGGAAGCUAAUGAGAGAAAGGGGUUUGAAGAAGAAUCCUGGAUAUAGCUGGAUCGAAGGAAAGAAUGGGGAAAUACACGAGUUCUUUGCCGGUGAUAUGAGGCAUCCAAUGUCCAUUGAGAUUAAGCAGGCACUGGAGGAUCUUCUGAACAGAUUAAAGGCUCAUGGUUACGUGCCACACCUGAAUUCCGUCACUUAUGACCUUCACGAUGAAGAAAAAAAGCGUUUGCUAUUGAAUCAUAGCGAAAAAAUAGCUCUGGCAUAUGGACUGCUUAGUACUGAUGCUGAUUGCACUAUUAAGAUUAUGAAGAACCUUAGAAUAUGUGAAGAUUGUCAUGCAGUUAUGUGUGGUGCAUCAAAAAUCACGGGGAGAGAGAUCAUUGUCAGGGAUAAUAUGAGAUUUCACCAUUUCCAUAAUGGGACAUGCUCUUGUGGAAAUUUUUGGUGAUUGUUGAACCACAAAGUUAGAAGUUUAAAAAGUUCAGUUACAAUCGCAUAUCUGGUUAUGAAGUAUGAUAGGAAGCAUACUAUUAAGAUUGAGAAUUAGUAGUAUAGGUGUACCCAAAACGAUACUUAAAUUCAUACAAUUAAAGUGAAA